UAUCAGUAUCAACUUUCUCCGUAGGCUUUUGGCUCCAGCCAUGGGCGCAGCUGCCAGCGCCGCAUCGCGUCGUGCAGCAGAGGCCUUGGCCCAGCGCUGGGCGUUCCUCGUGGCCGAGCAAGGCGACGCGGAGGAACUGCAGGCCCUGGCAGAUGAGCUGCACACUCAGACCAAUGGCCAGGUUGUUCCUUUGCUCCGUCGGGUGCUGAGCGGGCUUGACCUGGGCUUGUCAUGGGGCACUUGGCGCUGGCUGAAGAGGUCGAAGGAGGAUGAGGGUCAGUCGUGGCUGCAGCCACCACUGACCUCACUGGAGUUGGAUGGGCUCUUGUGCGCACUGCAGCUGGCGCGCCCCGAGCUGAGGGAGGUUUUGCUGGAGCUGGCUGAUCCUUACCCUGGCGCCCCACGGCACUGUCCGAGCGUGCGACACCUGCCAUGCCUGGCGUCCCUGUGGGUCCAGCAGACCGUCUCAGCGCUGCGCGUGCACCGCGUGGCAUCGGCGGAACCACAGUGGCAAGCUGCCAAGGAGUUGGCCUAUUUUCACCGACAUCAGCUUCCAUUAGUCGAUCCUCGGCCAGCUGCCAUGUGUGGCUUGCAGCAACGACACCUGCGAGAGCUAUUGCACCGCCACAAAGCUUGGCUACAGGAGUCUGUCUAUGAUGAGGUGCGGGAGGGUUCCUUCCGGCCUUCUUGUUGGCAGUUCUACAGUGAGAUUGCCCGGCCCUGCAGUACCAGAGCCCGCUGCUUUGCAGAAGUCUACCCACCGCAGGAGGUGACGGCCGUGGUCAGCCAUUGUUGGAAAGAUGCCUUUGAAGACUUGCUUUUGGCGCUGGAGCAGCAUGUGACGAAGAGCAUUGAAGGCAACAGCGGCUACUGGUUAAGCCUUCUUGCUUUAACGCAUUCCAAUGAGAGCAUCACUACCGCGCAGCAUCGCAGCCUACUGGCAGCCUUUGAUUCAUGUGAUGAGCUCGUAGUCGUUUGGGACACGGAUGGGAGGUGGCCAACAAGGCUUUGGUGUUUGUAUGAGCUGACGCUUGCGGAUGAGCAAAAGGAGGUCCAGGUGACUUCGCUACAAGGUCUUCUGGGCUCCGACCGGACCGUGGCCGCCUCGCGGGCCGCGGCGCGGCGGCUGCUGGCCGCGCGGCCGGGAGAAGGUCGAUCCGUGCCGCAGGCACGGCCGGAGGAGCUGGGGCAAGUGAAGGCCUGGCUGGGUGAGAAGGGCCAGGAGAAGAUGGAACGUUCUUUGUUGGCCUUAGCCGGACCCCUCUUUUGCCUUGGGGACACCGUGCCACCAGCGGUUCCCGCUGCACCGGUGGGCGCUCAGUGUCAUCAACUGAUCUCCGAGAUUUGUGCAGCAUUGCCCUCGGGGCAGUGCUUGGUGAUCGAAGCACCCCCUGGGCACCGGAGGAGCCACCUGGCUCGGCUUCUGGUCACCCAGCUUUGCCGCAUGCGACGGAUGCUGCCAGUGCACAUGAGAUGUGCUGUGCUCACUGAGCUGAAGGACGAAUCGAAGGAUUUCAUGAAGCUUUGGCUCGGUGCCGUCGGGUGCGGAACGUGCUCCGACUCGCUGCCGUUGGGCGCCAUCGUCGUCCUCGAAGCAUUGGAAGAAGUCGAAGGGUCUCAAGUGGGUGAGAUCUGCACUUGGGCCACCCGAUGGCUCGAAGGUGGAAAUUCGAUGAUCAUCACCACCAGGUGUGACAACGAGUUUCAGCCCUGCUCGGACGUCGUCAGCCUUGACCUCGCUCAGCUCACCCGGGACACCUGGCGGGAGGCCUCGUUGCCGCAGUGGCCCAGUGCCCUACGAGUGGUUCUCAAGGAUGGCAGACUCCAGCUGAAGGCUUCGAGUGUGCUUGGGCGUCCGGUCUCUGUGGACUGGGGCCUCCCCAGCUACAUCCAGCUGCUACGCUCCAUGGACCUUGGACCGGAAACCACCUGCUUCGCCGUCUACGAAAGUGCCCUGGAACGGCUCAGACUCAGCGCGCAGGAGCAGGUGGAGCUGGAGGAACUUGCCUUGAAGUUGUGUUGUCAAGGGAAGUCCGUGGCCCUGACUUCCCCAUCUCUGGAUCUACCGUUUGUGCUUCGGCCCCUGGGCAUCAAGUGCAAACGACCACGCUGGCAGCGCUUCCGGAACGGCACGUGGCAGAGCUUUUUCGCAGCAAAAGCGCUGCUGAGACGGAAUGACUUAGCGCCCCAAGUGCUGAGCCAACAGUGGCCGCAGGUGAGGCACUUCCUCCGGCGUGGCCUGGAGCAGUGGCUGACCAACGCGUCGACCGGCGCACGGAGCGUCCGCGAGGACUGGCCGGUGCUGCAGCGGAGGCUGAUGAUGGCCAUCCAGCUCGACGCGGACGUCAACGUGCUGCGGCCGUUGUUGAGCCCAGCGUCCGAGAACGGCGUGGUCGGAGCAUUGGCCUGCGAAGCGCUGGAGCACUGGCUGGCCGCUGGCGUGGAGGAGCAUCAGCCGCCCAGCAAGCCCAGCGCGCAGUUGCCUCGUUUGGUCUCGCUGUGCACCUCGUUGGGCCCCGCCGAACACCAGCCACUGGACACGGCGCUGGUGACCACGGCUCAGGCGCUGGUGCGGCUGGAGGAGCUGAAAAUCAAAGACUUCAGCUACCCUGAGCUUCUGCUCACCCUGCACUGUGCUGCUGCUUUGGAGCCAGAGAUCAAGUGGCCCAUGGCUCAGCGCUUCUUUGAGAAGAUGGAAGGACGUGUUGCUGGAUUGGAGGAAUGGACCCAAGUGGUGAAGGUGGCAGAGCUUGCUGAUGUACCCAUGGCCAUGCUGGAGAGGCUUCUUCAGGACUUCCUCCAGACCUCCCGCCCCGCCGAACUCCGCAGCUGCGCCCAGCUGCUGCGGGGUCGUCGGUCGCGGCACGGCGCCGCGCUGGGUGCGGCCUGCGGAAGGUGGUUGCAGCGCUGGCACCAGGGGUGGCUGGAAGGAAGCCUCAGCGCAGGGCGUUACCAUUCCGUGCUCUUGCACCGAACUGGCGCCGUGGCGGUGGGCCUGAACGGCGCGGGCGAAUCCACGCUUCCUCCGCUGCCGGAAGGUGUCCGGUAUGUUGCAAGUGCUUGCGGGGUGCAACACACCCUCCUGCUGCGCAGUGAUGGUAGAGUGGCAGCUUGUGGACUCAAUUUGGAUGGCCAGACAGCCAUUCCGGCUUGUGAGCUGCCCAUUGUGGCAGUGGCCGCUGGCGGCUUCCACUCGGUGUUGCUCGAGGAUUCCGGGCAAUGCCUAGCCUUCGGGUGCAAUGCUCAUGGCCAGUGCGACCUCCCUUUUCCACAGGGACCCUACAUGGCCAUCGCUGCGGGCCGAUCGCACACCUUGGCGCUGCGCCAAGGCGGCCGCCAUGUGGACGCGUGUGGUGCCCACGAGGAUGGCCAAACGGCAGCGCCAGACCUGGCUCUCGUUGUGACCAGUGCGACUUCCUUGCCACUGAAGUACGUGGCCUGCGCCGCUGGCGGUCGACAUUCGGUGCUUUUGCGCAAUGAUGGGAAGGCCGUUGCCUUCGGCUGGAACUUCCAUGGUCAAUGUGAUUUGCCCAGCGACGGCCGCUACAGAGCGGUUGCUUGCGGCGAGAACCACACCGUGCUGCUGGCCGAGAAUGGUUUGGUUUGGGCGGCUGGCGAAGAUCAGCAUGGACAGUGCCAGGCAAGCUGUGCAUCAGAGUUUUGACGAGGACAACUACUUGAACCAGCUACACACCUGAACCUACACGCAGCCGCUCAAUGUCUAAGAGAGGUCAUUUGGGGAGAUGUUCUGCUUCAGAACGCCUUGGCUCAUGCCACCCAGUUGGAUCACGUGGUUCGAAAGCGCGUCCGAUUAGUCGUGGAGGUUCCACCGCUACCACCUGGUCUGAAAUACGAAGCAGUUGCUGCGGGUGGCUCACAUACUUUGCUCUUAAGGAGCGACGGACGGGUCCUGGCCUUCGGCGCAGAUGGCGAAGGCCAAUGUCAGGUGCCACGCGACCACCGCUGGGCCGAUGGAAUCAGCUAGGCGACCACCGCUGCGAUGCCAUACCAGUAGCGAUGCCCUUUGUUCCUUGUUGUUUCUUGUUUCUCCUUCUUUUGACAAUGUCCAUGGUGCGAAACGAACCUCAUUCGGAUGACAUGGUCAAGAGGUUUGGCCGGCCUGGCCACACGAGAGAAGGAGAGAACAGGGAAGUGCAAGCUGAACGCCACGGGUUUUCAAUGGAGAGACAUGGAGAGGGAUUCGCACUGGAAGACACUGGAGAGGACUUGAACACGAUAGCAGGGGAAGUAGCUGCUGGACGGUGUCAGGUUUUCAACAAACCGCGCUGGCAUGGCAGAAAGUAGGGGGGGUGAGGAUGCUCAAAGGACUCAAAGGAGCACAAGUGGCCAAGAGAGCACGAAGAAGAUUGCGGAGCUGAAGGAGACAUGACGAAGCAUGGUCAAAGUUGUCACAGGAUGAAGAAGCACUGGAACUUGUACAUAGCCGGAUGCCGGAGCACCAUUUUUUUGCUGGAUGCAACAUUCCCAGCUGGUUGUUCAGAGGCUCUUCAGACAUUUGCCCAAACUCUUUUCACAUCGUUUCACCAAAGGUCGCCGGAAGACCCGGCGCUGGAGAUCAGAGAUGUACCGACUCUUGAGUUGAACGACACUUGACGGGUGAGAGUUCCAUGGGAGCUGGCAAGCCACAGUUUGGCUGGACCAAGCGGUUGCUGAUUUAAAUGCUUCCCGCGGCCAUCACGGCGGUGGGGAGUGCCUUGACAAUGAGCUGUCCAC